AUGCCGGUUGACACCAAAUAUGCCAUCGCAUCGGCCAUAGUUGCGUUCGUCUCCUGGGCUUAUAUCACAGACUAUCUGCCGCAACUGCGAUUCGUCCCUCAGGCCUUCGCCGUCGGCGUGAUCACGACCCUACUUGCUCUGCUAUCCGUAAUAGCCACCACUGCGCGCGGCAAACACCAUCAUGAGUUCGGCUAUCGCAGCGAUGCUCUCCGGCGGUACGGCAGCACGGCGACGGCCUUCACCGCGAAUCGACAGAUAUGGGAAGAAGAGAAGGCGACGCUGAAGGGAAGAGAAGAGUACAGACGACCUACCAUAUUCCCGGAUGCAGAGAAGUUCUCCAAAUCAGUGGACGGGCUGCUGGACCUGAUAUUGAGGGACUUUGUCACCAGCUGGUAUGGCAACAUCAGCAAGCGUCCGCUCUUUCAGAAUGAGAUAGACAGGUGCAUUCGUGCGGUCUUGCUAUCCAUCACAGCACGUCUGACGGAUCUGGAACUGGACCUCGUGGAACUCGGUAUCGCCAAUGUGCUUCCAAUCGUGACGAACCAUAUGAAGGAGUUCUACGAUGCAGAGCGCUUGGUGCGGGGGAGAGACCUUGAGAACAAUGUCACCGAGAGUGACGAGUUGAACAUGGCUAUCGCGGGCAAGUACAUGAAUGGCAAACUGCAUCCUGUCGCAUCGCUCUCGUAUGCGGACACCACGGCAAGCUCGCAGGAGUAUCUGAGGCGCCUAAUAGAAAAAUUACUACCGGCUGUCCUACCAUCAAACAUGAAGUCCAGUCCUGCUGUGACUGUCUUGGUUCGAGAAAUUGUGGCGUGCGCAGUGCUUGGACCGAUCAUGAAUAUGCUGACAGAUCCGGACUUCUGGAAUCAGCAAAUCGUGAACGUGGGAGGUGCCAUGCUGCAAGAUCGCAAGUCAGUGAGAAAGGUGCGAGCUGCGCUGGAUCAACAUGCGCCAAUAUCUCCUGCAAAAGUCGCCAGGAGCAGUCAAUUCCCGCGCCUGAGGCCAUAUGAUAGCGAGAGGCAAUUCGAGAGGUUCAUCAGGUCGAUCCGACACGUUCCAACUUUGAACGAGGCUCGACGAUUUCGCAGCGAGAUUAUGACUCAGCUCAGACGCGAUGCGCAGAUAGAAGGCCAAGAUGCUGCGUAUUUGCGCAGAUUAGAGACUGGCAGAAGAUUACUCGAUCAGCGUAUCACGAGUCUGUCACAGCAAGCUGCCAGCGGAAGUGAGAAGCCUCUGCCUGCACCAAAGGUGCAAAUGCCAGGGCAAAACUCCGGGUCCGAGUCUCGGAAGCAGCAGGCUUCUUUGCGUGAGGUCAUUUACGACGCUGCGGGUCUAAGUUAUUUCAUGGAGUACAUGGAUCGGCAGAAGUUGAUGAAGCUGGUGCAAUUCUAUCUUGUCGUGGAUGGGUUUCGUGGGCCUCUGGAAGGCGAUAAUGACGAGCCGACGCCCGCGGUUGCCACAGAUCCAGACCAGAUGAACAUUGCUCAAAUGUACUCUGAGUACCUGUCGCAAUCGGAGCUGCAGACACCAGAUGAGGUAAUGCACAUUGUCAAGCGCUACCUCAAAGCAGGCUCUAAAGCUAGCACAUCUGAAUACCUCUCUGCCAGACGGGAAGUGCUUCGCAUGCAGACACGAGUGUAUAACGUCAUGAAGGAUGUUCAUUAUGAAGCCUUUAAACGCUCUGACUUAUACUACAAAUGGCUUGCUAUCGACGAUCAGCCCAACUUCGGUCAGGCCGUGACCAGAGAUUCUGAUGCGCUAUCGCCAGACAGCCCGAAGAGCAGCAGUCUUUCGCCCAGCAUGGCCCGAAGACCACAACUUGGAGGAUCAAAAGAGUUGGAGUUGAGAAGAGCUGUGCUUUCGACAUCCGAUCUGAAAGCAACUGCUCGCGCCGCUCAAAGUAGUCUCUUCUCGGACAGCCCCCGUCGUUCCUUAGACGACGCGAACUCCAACAGCCGCCCAGCAUUGUUUGGCCACGAUCUUGAUGAUGACAAGAUGGAAAACUCUGUCUCGAGCCUGCGAAGCUACGAGUCGGACGGCGAGACUGCGCAAAAGCUGCAGGAAGCCAAAGCAGUCAGCGAGAUGCAGCGCGCCCUGGACAACAUUGUCAGCGAUGAUCAUGACAAGGCUUCUCUCUUCUCAGACUCUGCGGACAGGAAAUCGAUCGAUGAUGACGAGCGUAGGUCAUCUGUCGACAUCUUCCAGCGCCCGCCGCUGUCUGCACAGAGCUCUGCCAUUGGAAAGCCAAGUCUCGCCUCGCUCGGCCUGGUUGGAGCACCUUCGGCACGUGGUGUGUUCGUGGACGAUCUAUUUGGUCAUGAGUCGCAGAAAUUUGCUGAAGACGAGCGCGAAGACUCUAAUGGACCAGACACUGACGAGGACCAGAUCCGGGAAGCUGCUCCUGGCGACCUCGGGUUGGCUGAGGCCAUUGACGUCCUCAAUGCAGAAAUCGAGAGACUGAGCGCUCAGCGGAAUGUGCUCGAUUCUUUGAGUGCCAAGGCCGAGCUCACCAAUAAUCAAGCCGAGUUGCGAAUCCUGAGGAAGUCCGAGCAGAGUCUGCAACGCGAGAUCAAGCGUAAAGAGAUGCAGAAACAGCAGUAUGUUGUGCAAGAGAGUGACAACAGUCUCUAUGGUCGCACAGCUUUGAGCAUCAAGUCGGUGCUUGUUGGACGUGAGGAGGACGGACAUGAAUACGCCAUGUACGUGAUUGAAGUACGACGGCAGGCUGGUGACCAGCUUCCUGCUGCGACCUGGUCAGUCACUCGAAGAUACAGCCAAUUUCAUGAGCUGCACAAAAGGUUGAAAGCACAGUUUCCGGCCGUGAAAGAUUACGACUUCCCGCGACGACAGACACUGUUCACAUUACAGAAAGACUUCUUGCAGAAACGGCGCGCAACUCUGGAGCGAUACCUGAGGUCACUUCUUCUGGUCCCUGCCAUUUGUCGAAGCAGAGAACUUCGUGCUUUUCUAUCGCAAUCUGCGAUUGCAUCUAAUGGCACAAAUGGUACCCAGGCGGAUGCCAAGGACUUCGUGACUAGAAUCUACAACUCUGUCUCUGAUGGCAUGGAGGAGUUCCUUGGCAACAUUCCCGUCCUCGAUCAGCUUUCAGUUGCAGGACAAAACCUCAUAUCGGCAGCGACCUCUCAGAUCAGUGGCGCUUCUCCUGUUGACAGUCUGGAUCCCGCGGCUCAAGACCCGAGCACUGCUGCCGAGGCUGAAGCAGAGCUCGCUGCGUACGAGACGAAGGAGGUUGAGCCAUUCGUGAAACCUAUCGCUGAUCUCUUUUUGGAGACAUUCGAGCUUUCCAAAGGCAACAGUUGGCUCCGAGGACGAACCGUGGUUGUAGUCCUUCACCAAUUACUAGGCGGAACAAUUGAACGAAAAGUCAAAGACGCAGCCAAUAGCGCUCUCGAAGAUCCUAAGCUAGCAAGCUAUGUGGACAUGCUCAAGACCACGAUGUGGCCGGAUGGCAAGAUGCGGCCUCCUGCUGUACCACGUACUGCAGCUGAUAAGGCCCGAAGCAGGAAAGAGGCUGGAAUUCUACUCGGUGCUCUGGUUGCUGAUCUUGCCGGGAGUGUCGUUGGCAAGACGAAUUCGCAAGCCGCAAGCCGGAAGAUCGUCUCAAUGUUGAAUAAUCCACGACUGAAGUAA